GGCCUGGGGCUCCGCACUCCAGCCUGUGGCGGGUCUUCCCCGCCUCUGCAGCCCAGUGGGGAGGAGGUGGGAGGAAAGAAGGAAGAAAGGGAGGAGGGAGGAGGCAGGCCAGAGGGAGGGACCGCCUCGGAGGCAGAAGCGCCGCGAGGAGCCAGCGGAGCACCGCGGGCCGGGGCGCAGCCAGCCGCCGCUCUCGGCGCCCCCUCGCCCCUUCCCCUUCGCGCCCCCCGGCAGCCUCCAGCGUCGGCCCCCAGGCAGCAUGGUGAGGUUUGCCGUCGGGCCCUCGCCACCAUGUACGUGAGCUACCUCCUGGACAAGGACGUGAGCAUGUACCCCAGCUCCGUGCGCCACUCUGGCGGCCUCAACCUGGCCCCGCAGAACUUCGUCAGCCCCCCGCAGUACCCGGACUACGGCGGCUACCAUGUGGCGGCCGCGGCCGCCGCGGCCGCGAACUUGGACACUGCGCAGUCCCCGGGGCCGCCGUCCUGGCCCGCGGCGUACGGGGCCCCGCUCCGAGAGGACUGGAACGGCUACGCGCCGGGGGGCGCCGCGGCCGCCGCCAACGCGGUGGCGCACGGCCUCAACGGGGGCUCCCCGGCCGCCGCCAUGGGCUACAGCGGCCCGGCCGACUACCACCCGCACCAUCACCCGCACCACCACCCGCACCACCCGGCCGCUGCGCCUUCCUGCGCCUCGGGGUUGCUGCAGACACUCAAUCCCGGCCCUCCCGGGCCAGCCGCCACCGCCGCCGCCGAGCAGCUGUCCCCGGGAGGCCAGCGGCGGAACCUGUGCGAGUGGAUGCGGAAGCCCGCGCAGCAGUCCCUCGGAAGCCAAGUGAAAACCAGGACGAAAGACAAAUACCGAGUGGUGUAUACGGACCACCAGAGGCUGGAGCUGGAGAAGGAGUUUCACUACAGUCGUUACAUCACCAUCCGGAGGAAAGCCGAGCUGGCCGCCACGCUGGGGCUCUCCGAGAGGCAGGUUAAAAUUUGGUUUCAGAACCGCAGAGCGAAGGAAAGGAAAAUCAACAAGAAGAAGUUGCAGCAGCAGCAGCAGCAGCAGCAGCCGCAGCCCCCACCGCCGGCACCACAGCCCCCCCAGCCGCCGCCAGGCCCUCUGAGAAGCGUCCCGGAGCCCCUGAGUCCUGUGUCUUCCCUGCAAGGCUCGGUGCCCGGCUCUGUCCCUGGGGUUCUGGGGCCAGCCGCGGGGGUGUUAAACCCCACUGUCACCCAAUGACCUACGGGCGCCUGCACCGGCCGAGCACAAGGGCCGAGCCACGAGGAGCAUAGACUCUGCUAGAAUCCUCAGGAGAGACCCCUCCCCUCCCCUCCACAAAUGUACACCAACUGACCUAGCUCUCAGAGGAAGAAUGGGGGCCAGGAGUAAGGACAAGGGGGGGUUGGGUUGGAGGCCUCAAGGAAGACAUUCUCCCAGAUUUUGACUUUUUCUGGUCUGACUUUCUGCCAGCAAGAAGAUGGGAUAUGAUCACUGAGGCUUCAUCUCGUCCCGCAAGGGAAGCAUGGCCUGGACUGGCUAAACAGACCGGGCUUCCAGCCCCCACCUCCCCAGCUCUUGGCUUCCCAAAUCUGCAGGAGGCACCUCUGGUUGAGGGGAGAGAAGACUCAGGGGAACACCAAUGCUCGGAGCCAAGAUGGCUGCCGCCUACUCACUGCCAUCAGAGGGCCCGCUGGGCCCUCCUGCUCAAGGGCGGGCAAGAUUCUGACUGCAGAAGUCACAGGCGGCUAAGAUAGGAACCUGGACCUACCAAAGACUGCAGAACCCCCAGGUCUUGUCUUUCUGCUCUUCCCUUCCCAGACCAGGAAAGGCUUGACUGAUGUGUGCGCCCAGUGGAUGGUGUGAGAGGCGUGGUUAUUGGACUCCAGGCCUGACAAGAGGGCCCAGGACAGGGCCUUGUUUAGAAAGCCUGUCACCAGAGCUUCUCUGGGCUAAAUGUAUGUCAGUGCUAUAAAUGCCAGAGCCAAGCUGGACUUCCUGUCAUUUUCACAAUCUUGGGGCUGAUGAAGAAGGGGAGUUUUUGUUGUCGUUGCUGCUGUUUGGGUUGUUGGUCUGGGUAACAUCCAAGCCAGCAUUUCAAAAGCCUUCUGGAUCCACGGGGAGAGAAGUGGUAUGGUGAAGGGAAGUGGGGGGUAUUUGAACACAGUUGAAUUUUUUCUAAAAAGAAAAAAAGAGAGAGAGAUAAAUGAGCUUUCCAGAUUUCA